AAAAAAACUGAAAAAGAAAAAUUGAAUUUGUUGAUAUAUUUGAAUAAAAUUUGGUUUUAAUGCGGUCGCCACGUGAUUUCUCAAUAGCCGGAGCACAUGUGUGGGUUACAUUUUAAAACGCGUAACAGUCCGUCUCAAAAGACGUCCCUGCGUUGGGGCGACUGCUGCUGCUGCUGCUGCUAUUGCUGCCGUUGUUGCAACUGCCGUUAAUCACGUGCUUUCAACUAAUCCGCGCCAGACUCUGUUUCCUACAUCAACCGAUUGUUAGUCGCGUCCGUGUCUGUGAUCUGUUCUCUCGUCUACUAAAUAUGAAAAGUAGUCGCACUCAACAAGAAGCAUCGUAUUUAGGAAAUGUUGCAUAAGCCAAGGCGCAUUUGAUUGGCGCGCACAUUUUGCCGUCGUUAAAAGCAGAGACGCGGGACUCGUCGCAUAACUUAACGCCUGCUUUGAACUUGGCGUACACAGUGACACCACAUACUUGUAUAUAUAUAUAUAUAUAUAGGCAUACACUGUGGUAGUGAAGCAAAAGUAUUUGUUUACAACAAGAAGUUAUCGCUUGUCAGGCAACCCUAAACACCCGUUAUAUAUACAUAUUUAUAUCUAUAUAUCAAGGAAGGGGUAGCAAAAUGAUCAACAUAGCUGGAGUGGUGAGCAUUGUGCUCUUUUACUUGCUCAUCCUUGUUGUGGGCAUCUGGGCAGGUCGCAAGAAGCAGGCGGGCAAUGAUUCCGAGGAGGAGGUCAUGUUGGCUGGACGAUCAAUUGGUCUAUUCGUUGGCAUAUUUACCAUGACAGCCACAUGGGUGGGCGGUGGCUACAUUAACGGUACGGCGGAAGCGAUUUACACAUCGGGUCUGGUCUGGUGUCAGGCACCGUUUGGCUAUGCCCUCAGCUUGGUAUUUGGUGGCAUUUUCUUUGCCAAUCCAAUGAGGAAGCAGGGCUAUAUAACCAUGUUGGAUCCGCUGCAGGACUCGUUUGGUGAGCGAAUGGGUGGCUUGUUGUUUCUGCCGGCGCUGUGCGGCGAAGUCUUUUGGGCCGCAGGCAUUCUGGCCGCCCUGGGCGCCACAUUGUCCGUUAUCAUUGACAUGGAUCAUCGCACCUCGGUCAUAUUGUCAUCGGGCAUUGCCAUAUUCUAUACACUGUUCGGCGGACUGUAUUCGGUGGCCUACACAGAUGUCAUACAGCUGUUCUGCAUCUUUAUUGGACUGUGGAUGUGCAUACCGUUUGCCUGGACCAAUGAGCAUGUGCGCAGCUUGAGCGACAUGGAUGUGGAUUGGAUUGGGCAUGUGGAGCCGAAGCAACGCUGGUUCUACAUAGACUAUGGCCUGUUGCUCGUCUUUGGUGGCAUUCCCUGGCAGGUGUACUUCCAGCGUGUGCUCUCCAGCAAGACGGCGGGUCGGGCACAGUUGCUUUCCUAUGUGGCAGCCGCCGGGUGCAUCCUGAUGGCCAUUCCUCCAGUGCUCAUUGGUGCCAUUGCCAAGGCGACGCCCUGGAACGAGACGGAGUAUAAAGGUCCAUAUCCGUUAACUGUGGAUGAGACGAGCAUGAUAUUGCCCAUGGUCUUGCAGUAUCUGACGCCCGAUUUCGUUUCGUUCUUUGGCCUGGGCGCCGUCUCCGCUGCUGUCAUGUCCUCGGCGGAUUCCUCCGUGCUGUCCGCCGCCUCGAUGUUUGCACGCAAUGUUUACAAAUUGAUUUUCCGUCAGAAGGCUUCCGAAAUGGAAAUCAUUUGGGUAAUGCGCGUCUCCAUCAUUGUUGUAGGCAUUCUGGCAACCAUUAUGGCCCUAACCAUACCCUCCAUCUAUGGACUGUGGUCCAUGUGCUCGGAUCUGGUGUAUGUCAUUUUGUUCCCACAGCUGCUGAUGGUGGUGCACUUUAAGAAGCACUGUAAUACAUAUGGCAGCCUGGCGGCUUACAUUGUGGCGCUCUGCAUUCGUCUGUCCGGUGGCGAGGCCAUAUUGGGCCUGCCCGCCCUCGUCCACUAUCCGGGCUACGAUGUGGAGACGAAUACACAACUGUUUCCCUUCCGCACAAUGGCCAUGCUGAUAAGCCUGAUCACCUUGGUGUUUGUCUCCUGGUGGACCAAAAUGAUGUUCGAGUCGGGUAAACUGCCGCCGAGCUAUGACUAUUUCCGCUGUGUGGUCAAUAUACCCGAGGAUGUGCAGCGCGUCGGUGAUCCGUCCGAGUCCGGCGAACAGCUGUCCGUGAUGGCUGGUCCCCUGGCUCGGUCGUACGGUGCGGCCACAAUGGCCGGCAAGGAUGAGCGCAAUGGUCGCAUCAAUCCCGCUCUCGAGUCCGACGAUGAUUUGCCCGUGGCCGAAGCACGACGCAUGAAUCAACAGACGGCACAGGCGCAGGUCCAGAAGAUGCUGGAUACGGCCACCGGCCAAAAGUCCGGCGGUGGUGGUGGUCAAAAUCAGGCCAUGGCUAUGCCCACACCGGAGCAGGAUAAUACGGCGUUCUGAGCGGUCUCCAUGCUAUCGGUGAGAUUAGGUUUAGGCUCACAGUCCCACAACUUGCUACGUUUUAUGUUGUGCUUCUUAGAUGGAUAUAUACACUAUAUAUGUACAUACAUAUCUAAUGUAUUUAUUUUCAGCAUACGUUAAACACACAAGUGCUCAGGUAUAAAGUGCAGAAUGUUGCGUUCACAAUUUAUAUACAAUAUUCAUUUUGCCAUAGUUUUGUGUAUAGUUUCUAAUAGAGAGAUCUCUCGGGGAGAUAACUGCUUACUCCAUGUCCUGGUUACAUUUCUUUUUUUUUUGUAUCGCUUUGAGUAAUAGAGUAAAUGUAAUAGAGAAAUACAUAAAUAGUUCAAUCGACACAUAUCAAAUGUAUAAAUGUUAUAUAGGGAUAACUUGAAAACGAAUCGAUAAACAUAUCAAUGUCAAAACUGAAUGUAACUGAAAACAUAUCAAUUGCAUUUCCCAUUCCACGAGAAAUGUAAAUAAUGUUAAAAAUACAAUUAUGUAUUAAUUAAAGAGCGAAGACCUGCUCUCAAAAAUAUAUACAACUUAUAUUGGGUCCUACUCAACUUUGAUUGGUUUAUGUCGUUUGUGUAAUUGACAAAUUGGCGUAGUUUGAUUGAAAUGCAAAUAUAUACUAAAAUACAUUUCUAUGAAUUUGUGCUUAAGGUAUAGGUGCAUAUAAUGUGAAUCAUGUGUCCUUCCACAAGAAAAGAAAAAGAAAGAUUUAUAUCAAAGCUGACUUAACGUACAGAACAUAAACAUAUCAUCUAUGCAACUGAGAAAAUACUAUUCGACCUAAACGGGAUAUAUAAGUAAAUUGAGCGUUAUAUAGGCAAAAGAAUUUUAGCUGCUCUCAAAGAGCAAACAUACCACAAAAGUAAGAAACUAAACACAUAGAAAAAAAAAGAUAAAAGAGAAACUAUACCUAACAUAUUAGAGAAUGUUGCGUCAUAGUACCUAAUACGUAUAUAUAAUUAUCAUAUAUAUAUAUACACAGUUAUACCUAUACAUAUAUACCUAUUUAUAUAUACAAAUAUAGAAGGAGAUACACUGAAUUUAGAAAGCAUAUACCAAGUGAAAACCUAUUUUGAUUCUCUGCGGUAAUAUUCGAUAUUGGCAACCCAAAUUGAUUGUAAACACGCGCUGCCUCUGAAAAAACAAAUCCCAAAAUACAAAAAAAAAAAAAAAAAAAUAGAAAUAAACCUAUCGAGAGAAGCUAAACAUUUAUUCCCAAAAACCAUAUUUAAAUCGAUUCCAUAAGUAUUAUGUAUUUUAUUGAGAGAUUUGCAUUUGUUCGUUUCGAUAAUUGCCCUUGGCUCGUUUGUUAAAGUUUGUUCCCGUUGAUCUGAGACAUUUGAUACAUAUAUUCAAAUCGAUCAAAUACUUAAUACUUGAUGUGAAAACUAUUUUAAAUGUAAUAAGUACUUAAAUGUUGACUGCUUUUUGGAAUUGAGCCACAUAUGUUUGCUCGAACAAAAUAACGUUUUUUAAACCUUUAUAUAAGCGAAUUGUAAGCGAAAAGUAAUUCAAAGAUUUGACACAUCAAAGAGUCCACAUUAAGCAUACUCAACUCAAUAUACAUACGUACAUAAAGAUAUACAUAUAUUUACUUAUAUCUGUUCUUGCUGUUGUUACUUACUGUUAAUUGUUACAUUUGUCUCUGGUUUUUAAGUUUUCUAUCAAAUCU